UCGUAAUACGCUAUCAGGGCCAACUAAUCCUGAGUCUGGGGAGGGGGGAGAGCAAGGCCUGGUCCCUAUCGCGGUCCUAGUGAGCCCUGGUCUGGAGGCCUCCUCUGCGAUCACCUUGGCCCUGCGCUUCCGCAGUCCGCUGCCCAGUCAAGAUGGGAUUUAUAUUUUCAAAAUCUAUGAAUGAAAACAUGAAAAAUCAACAGGAGUUCAUGCUUAUGAAUGCUCGACUUCAGCUGGAAAGGCAACUAAUGAUGCAAAAUGAAAUGAGAGAAAGACAAAUGGCUAUGCAGAUUGCUUGGUCUCGGGAAUUCCUCAAAUAUUUUGGAACUUUUUUUGGUAUUGCAGCCAUCUCUUUAACAGCUGGAGCAAUAAAAAAAAAGAAUCCAGCUUUCUUCUUUCCUAUUGUUCCAUUAAGCUUUAUCCUCACCUACCAGUAUGACUUGGGCUAUGGAACCCUUCUACCAAGAAUGAAAAGUGAAGCUGAGGACAUACUGGAAACAGAAAAGAGUAAAUUGGAGCUACCAAGAGGAAUGAUCACGUUUGAAAGUCUUGAAAAAGCCAGAAGGGAACAGAGUAAAUUCUUCGUAGACAAGUGAAAUUACAUUACCCACCAACUCUCAAAGCACAGAACUAUUGGUCUGAAUCAUGGCUUUUACAAUUUUGUAAAUGGUUAAGAUUUUGAUAUAAUGAUUUUAUAUUAAAAUGCAAGAUGAAUUUUGCUGAA